CCCGCCUCCAAUCCCCCCGGCCUCCACAGUAGACGGCUCCCUGCACCGCGCCGGCGCCCUAAAGCUCUCGCCGUCCUCCUCCCGCUAGUCCGCGCCCGCGGACUACCGUCCCCUCCAACUGCUCGCUCUCCCGCCCGCUCCUGCGCCGCGGCCUCGGUUUCUGCUUGGCCGGCGGCGGCGGUCUUGCGGGGAGGAGGGGGAGCCGGCCGGGUCCAACAUGAGGCGGUCCGUGGCAGUUCGAGCAAGCGGCGGCGGUUUCAAGCUUCAAUUUUACCCCAAAUUAAACGUGAGGAGUAUUGCGCACGAAUGGGUUCAAGAGACCUGGAGGCUGUUCAAUCUCAAAACUGCCAACAAUGUCGCAAAUAACAUCUAUAAGCGAAGCGCUCUACCAUUGUCUGAAAUUGUACAAGAUGAUAUCUCUGAAGAUCGCAGGGGUUUGAACUACCCUUACUUGCAGCAGGACCUGAGAGAGCGUGUAGCAUCCCAACCGACUGUGAAUGGACAUGGUGAUGAUCAACACCUGGUCGGGCAUAGGAUGGUGAAUCAGCCUGUGCAAUCAGUGCCAGCUCCAAUAGUAAGUGUUGUUAAUGAUAGUCGUCCCAAGUGUUUGAGCAUGCCUAGAGCCUCUAAGGUGACAAAUCUAACACCUUGGCGUGACUAUGCACCGGCAGAGGAUCCUCUGCUUGAUAAAUCUAAUACAGAGGUAAUUUUGGAGCUCGAUGAUGAUGACAACAAGGAGAAGAAACUUCGGUCAAGAAAAAAAAGGGAGAAGAAACUUGUGGUGAAAAAGGUGGUUUCACCUUUGCCAACUAAAGCAGCCUUCUCUGAGGAAUCUUUGAAAGCAAGGAAGGCACUUGCUAGCGUCUACGACAAAGUUUUGCUAGUUGACAAUAUCGAGUCAGCUAGGAGCAUUGUUAAACUGCUCACUACAAAGUACAAGAGCUUUAUUCAUGCAUGCCACACACAGGUAGCAGAUAUUGAUGCCAAAGAAAUGACACCAGUUGGUCAUGGAGAAGUAAUAUGCUUUAGCAUCUAUUCAGCAAAUUCUGAUGUACAGGCAGCUGAUUUUGGAAAUGGCAAAACUUGCAUUUGGGUUGAUGUUCUAGAUGGUGGAAGGGGUGUCCUGAUGGAGUUUGCUCCUUUCUUUGAAGAUCCAUCCAUCAAGAAGGUUUGGCAUAACUAUAGUUUUGAUAGCCAUGCCAUUGAGAAUUAUGGAAUCAAAGUUGCUGGGUUUCAAGCUGAUACAAUGCAUCUUGCACGCCUUUGGGAUUCAUCAAGAGAAAAUGAUGAUGGAUAUUCACUUGAAGGAAUUACAAAUGACCGUAGAGUCAUGGAUACUGUUCCAGAGGAUUUACCUAAACUUGGAAAGAUAUCAAUGAAAACCAUCUUUGACAGGAAAAAAGUUAGAAAAGUUGUAUCUGAAGGGAAAGUUCUAUCUUUUGAGCCAGUCAAAGAGUUUCAAAGGGAAGGCAGAGAGUUAUGGAUUUGUUAUUCUUCUCUGGAUUCAAUGAGCAUACUGAGACUUUAUGAGAGCUUAAAAAGCAAGCUUGAAACAAGGAGAUGGGUCUUGGAUGGUUAUCCUAGGGGCACCAUGUACGAUUUCUAUGAACAGUAUUGGCGACCCUUUGGUGCCCUACUUGUGAAGAUAGAAACAGAGGGCAUACUUGUUGACCGUGGUUAUCUUUCAGAGAUAGAAAAGGCUGCUACUGCUGAAUGGCAACUAGCUGCAGAUAAGUUUCGGAAAUGGGCAUCUAAAUAUUGUCCUGAUGCCAAGUAUAUGAAUCUGAAAAGCGAUAUUCAAAUUCGCCAACUUUUCUUUGGUGGCAUUGAAAAUAGUCGCAGACCUGGGGAUAUUUGGCCACGGAGUAAAACUUUUGAAGUGCUAAAUGAAGAAAAUGUUGCUACAGAGGGUAAGAAGACGUCAAAGUAUCGUACUAUUGAACUUUGCGGUAUUGUUGAAGAUCUGAAAACUAGGCCCACCAAGAGUGGCUGGCAAAAAGCCGAUGUGGAUGCAUUGAGAAGUUUGGCUGGUAAAAUACCUACAAAAUAUAUUUACACAAUGGAUGAUACCCAAGAGGAUGAUGAAGAUACAAGUGGUUCAGAAAACCCAGAUGGAGAUUUCUCUUAUGGAACAGCAUAUGAAGCGUUCGGUGGAGGAAAAAAUGGAAAAGAAGCAUGCCAUGCAAUUGCAGCUUUAUGUGACAUAUGUUCUAUUGGUCCAUUGAUAUCCAAUUUCAUUCAUCCGUUGCAGUCAGAUCAUAUAUCAUGUGCGGAGGGGCGCAUUCACUGUUCAUUAAAUAUCAAUACUGAGACAGGGCGCUUGUCAGCGAGAACACCAAGUCUACAGAACCAACCUGCCCUCGAGAAGGAUAGGUAUAAGAUUCGCCAAGCUUUUGUUGCAGCUCCAGGGAAUUCUCUUAUUGUUGCAGAUUAUGGUCAGCUGGAGCUUAGGAUCUUAGCCCACCUUACUAAUUGUAAAAGCAUGCUGGAUGCUUUCAAGGCCGGUGGUGAUUUCCAUUCUAGGACAGCCAUGAAUAUGUACCAACAUAUCCGUGAUGCUGUCCAUGAGAAGAAAGUUCUUCUUGAGUGGCACCCUCAACCUGGUCAAGAGAAACCUCCAGUGCCGCUAUUGAAGGAUGCUUUUGGCGCAGAGAGGAGGAAAGCUAAAAUGCUUAAUUUUUCCAUUGCUUAUGGAAAGACAGCUUUUGGGCUAUCCAAGGAUUGGAAGGUUCCUAUUAAGGAGGCAAGGGAUACAUUGAAGCUCUGGUAUAGAGAUAGACAAGAAGUGUUAGCUUGGCAAAAAAGUCAGAAGAAGCUUGUACUCGAGAAAUGCGAAGUCUACACUUUGCUUGGGCGGUCGCGCCAUUUUCAUAACUUGACUCGGUUUGAUCGUGAUAAACGAGGUCAUAUUGAGCGUGCUGCUAUAAAUGCACCAGUGCAGGGAAGUGCAGCAGAUGUUGUUAUGUGUGCCAUGCUUGAGAUAGAAAGGAAUGCCCGCCUUAAGGAGCUUGGUUGGAGGCUCUUGUUGCAGGUGCAUGAUGAACUGAUACUGGAAGGGCCUUCGGAAUCUGCUGAGUUGGCCAAGGCUAUAGUGGUGGAGUGUAUGUCCAAACCUUUCUACGGAACCAACAUUUUGAAAGUCGACCUGGUUGUUGAUGCCAAGUGUUCAAAGAACUGGUAUGCUGCCAAAUAGUCUGAGCACACGCACACACACAUGGAGACUGCAGGUCCAGGAACAUGAGUUUGAAGUAGUAACCCCAGUCCUGAUAAAAAAAAUGGUGGACUCGGUUGUCAUGGAGACUGCAGGUCCAGGAACAUGAGUUUGAAGUAGUAACCCCAGUCCUGACAGGAUCACACGCCCAUUUCUUGGCUGCAGCAAAACAGCGGAAGUCGUAGACUCUGCUGCCAUGGUAUUUCCCUAUUUGCUUGAACUUAUCAGCCAUGGUACAAUUUUUUUCUUAGAAUAAGACAGCAUCAGUUGGCUUAUGAACUGCAUAAACCAUUAACCGAGCAGCCUCGGUAUCAUGUGCUGCAUUGCUCCUGCUGUGCUAUACUGCUAUUCGUCCUGUGCUGUGAUGCAUGUUACCGACUUACCGCUGCUGUGA